AUGAUGUCGCAAUUCAUUCCAACAGGGUUUUCAUUUCUCAAAUCUUUGAAUAGUGGAUUCCUUGGGCCGUCAUAUUUGUUAAAAAAGAAUGAUAAUAACAAACAAUACAUUUGCAAAGGUUUUAUAAAAUCAGCAAUUGGCGACGAUGCUGAUGUUGACAAUUUUAUUCAAAUAAUUAAGAUUUCUCGUAAGUUAAAAGAAGCAUGUUUCCUACCGUAUCAUUAUUUCUACAUCAUGGAUCAAUAUAUUUAUGCAGUUCGUCCAUUUUUCGAGGGUUUAGACCUCUCCGCUUACAUCGCAAAUUGUGCAACAGAUAUUAACAUCGUGUACGCUCAAUGGAAGGUCCUUUGCCGACUUUAUCGACAUCUUCAUAAAAGAAAAAUUUCUCCAAAUUUCAUAAAACCAAGUAAUAUAUUCAUGGAAAAUGGAUCUAUUGCAUUUAUUACCGACAUAUACCCACCUCCUCGUACUUUCAACCCGACAAUUCAUCGUUCAAACCCAUUCGAUGUUGGUUUUCUUUCUCCAGAAUAUUUAAUACCAGGAUCAUUUCCAACAUACAAGGCCGAUAUUUGGUCGUUAGGAAUCUUGUUAUGGUUUAUGACAGUUAAAAAAUUGCCUUGGAACAUUAAUAACGUUGUCGUAAUGCUUAAACAAAUACAGAAAGGAUCUCCAGAGAAUUUUGCAGUUCUUCCUGUUGAAAUCAGAGAUAUCGUUGCAUCAAUGCUUGUUUUCAAUCCAGAGAAGCGCGUAGACUCAGAAGUUCUUGUUCACUCAAGACCAGGUGCUUCGAUGAACUCUCACGAUGAUCGCCAUUCAACUUUGAAAGGAGCUGCUGAUAAUGUCCUCAAAUCUGUGAAAAUUUCAGCAAGUCCAUCUGCUAUUGGUGGUAUCCUUCCAGUUAGAAGACGUAAUCCAAACGAAGACGGCGCUCAUGAUGAUCAGCACUAUGGAGACGAUAUAUCUCCACACGUUCCUCAAAGAUUCACGAGAAUGGUGAACUUGAGCUCUCAGAGACAGAAUUCGCUUCAUCAGCUUUCAAAAAUCAGUGUUAAGUAA